UGGCCAGCGAGAGAAAUCACAGAUUGCUGCCGCACAUACGCGCCGUCCCUCCUUAACGUUACUGCGACACCGCCGCUAACAGACGAGCCGAAUCAAGUCCGGGCUGCUUCCUGUGUUCAGCCGCCUCGACGUCGUCGUGUCAGCGCAUCCGUGCCCUACGAGACACUGAACAAACGCUUCAGAGCUGCUCAGAAAAACAUUGACCGGGAGACAAGUCACGUGACAAUGGUGGUUGCAGAGCUGGAGAAGACCCUGAGCGGCUUUCCUGUGGUUGACUCUGUCGUGUCAUUGCUGGAUGGAGUGGUGGAGAAGCUCAGUGCUCUAAAAAGGAAGGCCGCUGAGUCCAUCCAAGCAGAAGACGAGAGUGCCAAGUUGUGUAAACGUCGCAUCGAGCACUUGAAGGAGCACAGCAGCGACCAGCCAGCCUCAGUUAACCUGUGGAAGAAGAAACGCAUGGACCGCAUGAUGGUGGAGCAUUUGCUGCGCUGUGGUUAUUACAACACAGCCGUUAAACUGGCCAGACAGAGUGGUAUAGAGGAUCUGGUGAACAUCGAGAUGUUCCUCACAGCAAAAGAGGUGGAGGAGUCACUGGAGAGGCAAGAGACGGCCACUUGUCUAGCCUGGUGCCAUGACAAUAAGUCUCGCCUCCGCAAGAUGAAGAGCUGUCUUGAGUUCAGUCUGAGAAUCCAGGAGUUCAUUGAGCUCAUCAAACAAAACAAACGCAUGGAUGCAGUCAGACAUGCAAGAAAACACUUCAGCCAAGCAGAGGGUGGACAGUUGGAUGAGGUUCGGCAGGUGAUGGGCAUGCUAGCCUUCCCUUCAGAUACACACAUCUCCCCAUACAAGGAUCUUUUGGAUCCAGCUCGCUGGAAGAUGCUGAUCCAGCAGUUUCGAUAUGAUAACUACAGACUGCACCAGUUGGGAAACAACUCUGUCUUCACUAUCACCCUACAGGCUGGUCUGUCUGCAAUCAAGACACCUCAGUGCUAUAAGGAGGAUGGCACCUCAAAGAACCCAGACUGCCCAGUAUGCAGUAAAUCUCUAAACAAACUGGCCCAGCCACUACCCAUGGCCCACUGUGCUAACUCCAGACUAGUCUGUAAGAUCUCUGGGGAGGUCAUGAAUGAAAACAACCCUCCUAUGAUGCUGCCUAAUGGAUAUGUCUAUGGCUACAAUUCUCUUCUGUCUAUCCGCCAAGAUGACAAAGUUGUGUGUCCCAGAACCAAAGAAGUCUUCAACUUCUCUCAGGCUGAGAAGGUCUACAUAAUGUGAUCACUCGGGUGGUGGUGUUAACAAUAUUGAAUAUGGUCUAUUGUCCCUCACCUGAGACCUUGCCUAAUCCAAGAGCCACCUGUGGAGCUGUGAUCCAGUGUGCCCUUUGCCCUACAGCCCACCUACCACUAUACAGUUGAAUCUGUUUGUCUCUUACUCUCCCCCCACAGAAACUGGACCCCUCUCCUUUGGGACUCUAUUUUAGAUGUGGCGAAAAGUCAUUUGAUCUGAUUCAUUCAAGCACAUGGACUAUCAACAUUAUCAUUAUCUUACAGGCCUUCACUUUCAGUAGUAGAGACUAGAUUAAAGGGACUGCGGUUUAACAACUGCUAGGUAAAUGUUUUGAUUUUACUACAACAAAUAAAAACCUGCGGUUACUUUGACUUUUUUCUUUCACUAGUGGUGUUUUUGUUAAAGAGGUAGAUCUGUGUUAACUCACUAACCAAAUUAACGCAGGAUUUAAACUCUUUUUUUUACAGAAAAUAUUGCUGCUUGUUACUGCAGCAUCUCACUAUGUGAUGCACGCUUUUUAAAAUCUCGUCUUCUAGCUGUGUUUGUGGUGGGUUACUGGAGGUCAAAUGUUAAACUGCCUAACUUUGCAUUCCAUCCCCUUUAACUGUGAAACUGGAGUGUGAGUUUGGCUGCAGUAGGUACCUUUUCAAAUGUAAAUAUUAGGCAUUCAGUAUCCUCAUGCAUAAAGCUAAGGGGACAAAGACUGGCGUGCAUAAACUAAAGACAUUUCUUUUUAUCCUGAUGAGACUUAGUUUCACACACUUGGUCAAAUUAAUUUUGUUGUUUUAAUAUUAAUGAUGUUCAUAUAAUGUUUAGAAAACAGUCAUCAGUUUUUUUAUGAAAUAUUGUAUUUUUUUGUAAGUGCUGUACCAUUAUCACCUCUAGAAAUUUGCAUAUAUUUCAGCAAAUUUAGAAGUUUGAAUUUGGGUUAAAGACAAACCCCUUAAAGCACCAAUACUAAAGGAAUAAAAUUGCACCAACGUUG